UUUUUUCUGUGUCAUUUUUGCUCAGAAACUCAGCCAACAUGUCUAUACAGCCGUAUUCUGAUGAAGAGCUGAACUACUUCAAGUUUGCGUCGUUCGUCCUAAAAGAAUUCCCAAAUGCUUUGCGUAGCAUCUUUGUAGACAUGUGGGACACCAGAGUUGCACCAAGUUCCACAGUUUGGGAUGACUCGCCUCUUGUACGCAAUAUACUCCACAACAAUGAGGCUCCAAGCACCAAAAUCCCCACAAACAACUCAUUUAAAGAGUGGGACUGCACUGCACUAUUUCAAGCCACUCUGUAUGCAAUAACAUUUGCGCUACCAGACAGCACAGGAAAGAAAAAGACGCUUGGUGAAAUAUAUUUGAAAGGACGAAAGCCAGGCCCUGCUUCAUUCCACUCUGCCGUGAGAAGCUCUAGUGGAGAUGCAAAUGAGACGAUUGCACUUGCCAUUGACCAGCUUCGUCUUUUACGAAACACUCUUUGUCAUUCAUCCCGCCCUCAAAUUAAUAAAGUCAAGUUCGAUGACUAUGUCAGGCACGUCAAAGACGCGUUCACUGCUUUGAAUUUUAGCACGGCAUCUCUGGAGAGGAUUGGCAACAUGAAAGAAUCGGAUUUUCCUACGAAGGAAGUUGAAAAACUAAAUAAAAAAAUCAAUAAUCUGAGAAGUGAAUUCUGUCUGUUUCUUCAAAGUGACGUUACAGAAGAAAUGCGUGGAAUCAAACGUAAAAUAAUUGGAGUGGAACAUGAGCUGAAUAGCAUUAAUAAAAAAUUAACACAGACGAAAGAAACCACAGGUAUGUUGUUUAUGUAAUACAUUACCUUAAAAAGUGAUUUUCCAAAGUGAUGUGUACGCAGUUACAAAUAAUAAUGUUCACAGUCCCAUUUGUCCCGAUGCCCGUUCCCCAAUCUUUCCGGCACACGACAUGUAACCCCAUUUCUUUGACUCCCACAGCCUGUCCCCCAACUUCCAAAAAACGACGGUGGCGCAUUCUAGACCUGCGAUUAUAAGUUUACCGCAAAGUAUAUCCGUCUAGAAAACGGACGAUCGUGGGAUCGAUUCCAUGCCGCACCUAGGCAAGUAAAGGUUUUGUCUCAAUCUCCGAUAUUGAUUGUCACUUGGAGUAGCACUUAAUAUCAUUGAUAUACAGAUGCCUUUGAUCUACAAACCGUCUCUAGCGGUAGGCUGAGCAUCAUCAAAUAGGGCUUUGGGGAGACUAGAAAGAUUAGCAGAUCCUUUAGACGUCUCCGCAAAUAAAAAAGAAAUCUAUCUUCCAUUCGUCACUCGGCCCGUUUUUUUGCCUAUCUUGUUUUUCAAUAUUAUUUUCGUUAUUUGCCCGCAUAUUUCUUUGUUUAGAUCAAUGUACCACGACGUCGGACUCCGAAUUCAAAGAUUUUAACGAUGUUCUUUUGCUGACAGUGGACGACACAGAGUUUAAUGAAGCGCAAAAAAUAUUGGAGAAUGUCGAAAUACCCAGCAAGAAAGACGAAAGAGACAAAAACUGUUGUUUGGGAGAAAUCGGUAAAAAUAAAGUGACGCUCUUGAAAGUUCCAUGCUUAGGCAAGACCGGCGCUUCGUCAGGUCAUGACGUUGUGGUUUAUGAAACAAUUCAAGAACUUAAACCAAAAGCUAUUGUUAGUCUGGGAGUUUGCGAUGGUGCAAGGAAGGAAGCACACUUCCUUGGUGAUGUCGUAGUGUCAUCACAAGUUUACUUUGUUGAGCAACAGAAUGACGGUUUUCCGAAUUUUGAUCGUACAGCGUAUGACUGCGAUUUGGGACUGGUGCGUUUGUUCGACCGUGGAAAAGUUGCGUGGGAUGGUCCUCGUGAAAAUGUGGUAGUUCCAAAAGUCCAUGUUGGUCAGUUUACGACAAGUUUACAAGAUGGUGACGACAAAAAGAAGGAUUGGCACAAAGCAGGAACCAUUGGAAUAGACACGGCGUCAAAAAGUAGGUAUACUAAUGUGAGCUAUCGGAAUAAUUUCCUCGUAAAACAGGAAAAAUAAACAAAAACUGUUUGCUGAAUUUAAUCUUGUCAGUUUAUAGGAACGUUGUCCCGAGUGAAUGUUCUAAAUCUUUCAAGCUAUAUUUCUAAUGAUUUCACGCAACCAAUUUCAUAACUAAUAUCAUUUUAGUCAAUUUACUCGUUUCUAUUGGUUAAAAACUAUACCGCGAUUAAAGAUUUAUGGGGACGUAAACGAGCACGCGUCCAUUCCGCACGGUCACGUGAGUGCAGAAAUUUUAAACACAAAAUCUAAAUAAACAACUUCAAAAUUUAUAUUAUUGUCUGAGCUUUUAUUUACGCUCAAAUACAGAAUUAGAUAAAGAAGAAAUAAAGAUUAUUUACAGUUUUUGUUGCAUGCCCAUAUAUGGGCAUGCAACUUUCAUAUAGCUCUAAAUUUCGUGUCGCGGUGUACCGACGGGCGGUGGUAAAUCACGUGACAGAUUCGUAAAUUACGACAAAUACCGAGUCAGUCCGACGAGCAUUUUCAUGUGAUGUGAAAGUUGAAAUUUUAAUAUGCACGCUUUUGUUCGCGGCUUUCGUCGAGGAAACGCAAAGAAAAUAUUGAGUUUUCGUCGAACAUUUACGUAAUUUAGCGGCUUAGAAAAAUAGAUCGAGGUAGGUAAAGCUUUGCUGUUUUUAAUUUAGCUUAUAUUCUGUUAUUUAUUAUUAUUUUGGUGCCGUUGUUCUCGCACUGAUAUUUAUUUAUUUAUUAAUUAUCAGGCGUUUAUGUUUGUGAAAGGCCACGCUAUCAAAAUUUUAAUUUUUUAUUAGCCCAAAUUCAAACGAAGCCAUUGUGCUAGCACUGAUUAUAUUGUGUGUAAAAACUUCAAAUUUCAAAACUACAUCACAUUCUGUAAAUAACAUGAACUAUUGUCUGCUGAAAUUUAAUAAUACAACGAAAUGUCGAAAUAGCAUUCUACUUCGAUAAUUUCACUCAUAGUCGAGAUCAUACUUUAAUAAUUAUUUUCAAUCAUUAUAGUAAUUCACGGUUUCCACAAUAAAGUUAAAUUUGUAGGAAAAUAUAAACAUUGUUUACUUCGAAUAGUCACGGUUAAUAGUCAAUCAGCGAUAAAACCCACAGGAUAAAACCUUGACCUGUUGACCUUGAUAUUACCGUCCCUUGCAACUACAGAUGAACAAUCGCGAAAAGUUUGAAAAAGUUUUGUUAUUUUGACAUAAUAGUUAUUUUUCAAUAAAUAUAUUGAUAUUAAACUUAUUGAAUCCAUAUGUUAAGUUUCAGGCCAGUUGUACCGGCGCUUGCGGACCAUAAAGGCGGAUUUCCACUCAGUGCAACAUGUCGCGCGAUCGACAUUUUGCGAUAUCACUUUCUUCUGAAAUAUUCUAAUUCAAGCAAUCAAACGCAACGGUCAGGUUGACUGAACGCGUUUCAAAAGAAACUGAUUGCAAAAAGUUGAUCUUGCGUUAUUUUGCACUGAAUGGAAAUCGGCCUGAAGGCUUUAGUCACAGAAUAGAUACUAGACCAGAAGGGACACUCCUAUGUGUUUUGGCUUGGGAAAAACGUCCGAAUUUGUUUACGAGCUAUGACGCCAUCCUGGAGUGCACACGGCACUUUGUACCUAUGUUUGUAACCAUGAAAAACUUCUGUGUGCACCAGGGGUUUCAGAAUAAGCCGGCGGCCGCCGGAGUUCCGCCGGCUACUUGAACUUUUACCGACGGCUACUUUUCGCGGCUUUCGCCUGGUCCGGCAGGAAAAAUUUUAUAUACAAAGGUACAAGCGAACCAACACGAUGUUUGUUAUGUUCCAAUUGGAAUUCAAACAAAACAUCACUUAUUUUGGAAGAUCAAUAAGAUCAAUAAUACAUAGUACCAAACAUAGCUUGCUUUCUUAAGUUGCUGUCGAAAAAACGAUAAUAUAAACAUUCUUUGUUUUCUCGUCGCCAUCUUGAAUUUCGUAGCAAAUGGUCAGCGGCUCUGGAUCUUCUUGAAUAGGAAGAUGAUUCUGAUUGACUCUGACAGUGACUUAAGCAUUAGGGAAUCCGAAUUUGACAGUGAGCCAGAGAACGAGUCAGAUUCAGAGCUACUUUGGUAAAUGUUUUUCAAGUGACUAAUUCUUUUACAGUGAAUUAAUUAUGAUAAAGUGAUGCUCAUAAAUUAAUACUAAUAGCGUACAUUGUCAUUCUGUUCAUGCAGCUGUAAAAAUUAAACUACUUGUAGAACAUUAAAGUACAUCGUUACUUAUUACAAGUAUAAAUGCAAAUGUCAUCUAAAUCUAACAAGUUAACAGUUGUACUUUGUCUUUUUUAUUAAUUCUAUAUUGUUUGAUUGUUAAUUUGAAGCGAAAAUUUUUUAAAUUUCCAUGCGAAGGCACGCCCACUUCCCGGCGCGAUUUUUUAACUAUCAAUCACAGCCGGCUACUUUUUUGGUGCAGCCGCCUACUUCAAAUAAUUCUGAAACCCCUGGUGCACUCCAGGAUGGCGUCAUAUGAUGGCGUAUUUUCACAUCAGCACUCGUGGAGUGACACUUCUGGUCUAUUCUCUAUUCUGUGCUUUAGUUGUCUUAUGAUUUAUCACGAUGAGAUACAUUUCACUACACUUUACAUGGCGGAUCUCGGAACACAGGCGGGGCCACUGGGCAAAGGAGCGCGGGCGGAAAAGGGUGAAGGAAAUGAAAGGCAACUAAAGCCCCUGUCCUCUGCGGAGGAGCGAGGGCAUGCAACGUGUACGCACUGCGUACCUAUUUUUAUAGGUUUGAAUCGAAAAUUAAUGUUAGAAAUUAGUCUUGUGCUACGCACUCGCAGUUUUAUAAAUAUUUCGCCACACACGCGUUAUUUACAGUAUUCAAAAGCGCAUUAUAUAUUCAAAUAUUCAAGAUGGCUGCCAUUCCAUCAACCUGUGAGCUUGAAAUGCCAGUGCCUAUACAGGGAUCGAAUCUGUAAGUUUCUAAUGACAAUUAGACGCCCUAUGAACAGAGGCUAGAUGGGAGUUAAAGCUCGUCAGAAAGUUAACAGAAACAUGUCACCUUCGGGUAACGCUCUCGUGUGUAAGACAUGAAUGUCUUUGAGUUCCAAUGUUUCCCUCAAAUAUCAAAGAUAACCUCAGUUUUAUCGUUUUUAGGGGUAUAUGCAACAUGUCAGAACUCUCGAGUGCCGUGGAUAUCCUGUAAAUCUAUCGCAAAGUGGGAAAAUGAUGAAUGUAAAAACUCGACUUGGUGUCAAUUUGGUGCAGCAGUUUCAGCUUCUUACGUUCAACAUGUGCUGAAGAGAUUUUAUAUUCCACACGAAGUUCAAGGUAUGUACACGGUUACCAAAUAUAUGGAGAAUAAUACGCGCAAAAACACCUGGACUAAAAUUUUUCUUGUUAGUCUAAAAUUAAUGGUGUUUAGAGUAACUUAAUGUUCCUUGAUAAAUUUCCUAGUUAAUUUAACUACAGUACUGGCUGUUUGAUCACUAUUGUGGUUAAUCUAAACAGGAUCCCUGGUUCAUUUAGCCAGGCUAUAUGGUUAAACUAUCGAGAUCAUGUGAGGUGGAUUAUUAACUAGGAAUAUAAUAUUUUGAAUGAUUUGGUACACAUAUGUUUUAAAAUUCCUUUCAAAACAACUUUCAAAAACUGAAAAAUCGCGCCGCGUUCUGGCAUCGUGUCUGGUGUGGCUCGGCAAUAAUCAUCACAUGCAUGUGCAACUGAUUCAGCGAUAAUCACCACAUGUGCCACUGAUUCAGCGAUAAUCAUCACAUGUGCAACUGAUUCAGCGAUAAUCAUCACAUGUGCCACUGAUUCAGCGAUAAUCAUCACAUGUGCCACUGAUUCAGCGAUAAUCCUCACAUGUGCAACUGAUUCAGCGAUAAUCAUCACAUGUGCAACUGUCAUAAGUAAUCGCACAACUGAGAUUACUACUUUCAUUAUGGACGGAAAAUUAAUAAAAAAAAAAUUAUAUAUAUACAUGUAAUAUAUUAUACCUCAACUUUAAAUUGUCCAAUCAAAAAACAGCACGGUGUGCCACAUGACGUUCUAAUUUUUUACCAAAAUCUAUGAUUAAUUUUAUAUUUAACCAGGAACAGCUGCGAAAAAUACAACCAGGAAUUGAACUAGCCUGCGAGGCAGGCUCUGGUUAGGGGAACGAAGAGCCUGCAGUUGCUUCUAAUAAAUUUUCUUGCCGCCCUUACAAUAAAUUCAAAUUCGCUUUGUAGAUUGACAAAUCAUAUCAGAGCAGAAUUUUGUUGUUUUCCUCCUGCGAAAUGUCAAUCACGCACGUGUCUUGCGAUAUAUGUCGACUUCAAUAAAUUAAUACAGGGAUGGCAAACAUCAGAGUUGUUGUUAAAUGCAAUUUUAUAGUUAGAGAAAAACGCAUUUUUUCGCCCUGAGUUUUUCUCGAGGGAACUAAUCAAUAUGCUUUGAGCGAAAAAUUAACCGGGAAUGCAAAGCCUUCUGCAAGUCGGACAGUUGUUUCAAAUCCAUCAAACCUGAUCAAUUCCCUGUAUUCUCAAACACCAUUGUAUAUAGGGAGAUUAAGGUUUAUUGCCCAAUACUCAACACUUUAUUGAGGAGCGCUUGCAACUUGGAAGCUAUAUUACUUUCGCAACAUCAACACUUAUUCGGUGCAGAAAUCCUAGAAUAUGUACACUCGCGUAUAGGAUGUUGUUACAAUUCCUGUACUUGCUGACCGUUUUUACUAUUGAUAUUACUGUUGAUUGACGUGUCAUUAGAGCAAUGGCCAAUGAAAAGCAAGCGUUUGAGAGCGAACGCUAUAUGCAAAAAAUUAUUAGAAGCGAAAGCAUCGCAUGCUAGACUUGAACCUGCGGCCUUGCGAUUCCGGUACAGCGCUCUAACCAACUGAGUUGCAGAGUUCAGUUGUCGAGCUCUAACCACAAGAACUUGGAUGUAUACAGUAUAGUGGGUGAUGUACCCCCCGCGAUGUUUAUUGCUGAUACGCUUGUAUUCGCGUGCCACAGUAAGGGAAUAUCAUCAUAAGUUGGUACGAUUGUUAGUAAAUGUACAUUGCAAGCGUGCACUUAUUAUACAAUCGACCCGAGAUGUUGGGCAGUCAAAAAUGUCACAGUCACUAGUAUUUUGACUAAUUGUAAAUGUUUAUACCUUAUAAUCAUGUGUAAUGACUUAGUUAUGCGUAAAAAAAUUACACAAGCGGCGACAAUUUAAAAUAAACUGUAGCAAGUAUGCUACAUGAUACACUUGCUUCAGCACGUUUGAUAGCGAUCUAUUUGAUUGCCCGUGAGCAGUUUGAGCCGGCUGAGUUUUAGUCGGAACUAUUUUCAUCCCAUGUUGUUAAAUUGCUGAAAUGUACCCUGUGCACAACACAGACCUUUCUAGCUCGGGUCGAAAGACACAAUCGCGAUUUGAACCAUUUUCGGCUAUUAUAUUUGUGUGUUUAUGGUUACAUAUACAGUUGAAACAAACACGCCAAAAAAAGCCAUUAAGACGAUUUUUUAAAAUUAUUUGUGAUUACAUGCUGCGCGGACUGCGUCGAGUUUCAGUCUGGGUCAAACCGAGCUGUUAUUUCAGCCCGGGAUGAAUCUUGAUAUUAAUUGUGCAUAGUUGUCAACUGUCAAAACCUACAGUAGCUCAUAUUUCAUUCGGUGUCGGGAUUUUCAGAUGUGAGAACGCGGUUUUUAGCCAAAGUGGGGAACGCGUUUCCAAGUUUCCUCUGGAACGCGUUCCAACCGCGUUCGGAACGCGUUUGGAACGUGUUCGGAACGCGAACGCAGUGUUAGGUUAUUUCUGAGCAGUACUGUUUGUCCACCCCGUAAUGGAUAAAACGACACUUUUUGUAACUUCCAAAAGCAUUCAGGUGCUUCGUUGCUUUAAGCUGUUUUGCCCUAAGUCUACUAGCAGAUAACGCCUGCAGUUUAACCAUAUAUUUUAUAUUUCACCACAGUGUUUGACACGUCCGUGCCCAAGUCCUGUCUUCCUCCCAUGGUGCCUUAUUUCAUUGGCCGACAACAAGAAUGUGAAGAAAUCUCGCGUUCGUUGACGUCCACAUCUGCUCGGCUAGUCUCUGUAUCUGGCCCCCCUGGUUUUGGCAAAACCUCGUUGGCUAUUGCAGUAGGACACCAACUUAGACAGCUCGGACUACCAGUUUAUUUCCUUUCCUUGAGAAGCGUCAAGACAAUGGAAGAGCUGAUCUCUGACCUGUUAAACACCUUUGCACAUACGUCGUCUGAUGUAACGGGGCAAGGGCGUUCAAAACUGUGCGGACUCCUCAGUGCAAUUCCUUCCAACAUUUGUAUCAUCCUCGAUAACGCCGAUGACCUUUUUGCGAGUAGUGGUGAAACGAGCCAAGAUGUUUUAGACCUGCUCGAAAAGAUCUUUUCUCAUUGCAAGAAUGUGUCCUUUCUAUUGUCCACAAGAACGAGUCUUCAGUCGGUGCUGGGAAGAAAAUUUGGCGCUCACGUGUCCCUCGGUGUUGCAUCGCUAGACAGGAAAUCGGCACAAAUGCUUGUUCAAAAACUUUUCUCCGCUGCUGAUGAAAGUGAAUGCUGCAGAGUGGCUGAGGUUUGUGGAGACGUUCCACUGGCCAUCAAGCUUUUGUGCGGUCAAAUCGUUGACGAGAAGAAGAGUAUAUCUCAAUUCCUUGACCACUUUAGCCGUUCAUCAAAAUCGGUAGUAAAGUUGUUAGACGAUCCAGAUGCGCCUAAUGAUCAACGUUUGAAUGUCUUGUUCGAGUCUUAUUUCAAAAGACUAUCUCGAGAAGAGCAAGAAGCAUUUGUUUGUCUUUCAGUUUUUGUCAAUGAAGUGUUCGACGAGCAAGCUGCAGUAAACGUCAUUGGAGGAGACGAAGACACAGCAAAGAAAACUUUGUUGAGGCUCAAGAGAAAAUAUUUGGUUGAAGGAAAUUCCUCCGAACCGGUACUGUUUUCUUUUCACCCUCUGAUCAAGUCAUUUAGUUCCGAACGAGCAGCUGGCAUGACAGAAAUUGCUUGCGAAGCAGAACGGCGAUUGCUAAGAUAUUACGUCCAGUUGUUUGAUGAUUUAAACAGCCAGUUUCUUGCUGGAAAUUCUCUCCUUGCAUACCACGAUUUCGAAUUUAACAAAGAAAAUAUGGUACAUAGCCUCUCCGAAGGUGUUCAAAACAAAGCUUUCCUUGACCCACUUUUCGAUGUUCUUUCCGAUGCGGAUUUGUUUUUGGAUACCAUUUUCUACUUUGAACGUUGCUGGAUGUUUAACAAUAUUUAUGAUUCAGCAAUAGCCAAGGCAAAAGAGCAGCGUAAAUUUAAAGCUGUACACCAACUGCUAAUUGCUAAAGCUGUUGGUGAGAUAACCUGGUAUAAUGGAGCUACAUUGGCAUUACUGAAAGAGGCCGAAGAAAUAGAGAAGCAAAAUCCUCUUCUUAUUUCAGAAGUUUUCGUGGGAAAACGAAUUUGUUACCUUGGUAUUCACAUGCUAAUAUGUAAAGCGGAAGCGAAUGGAGGCGAAAUUCUUGAAACAGGGAUAUCUCUUUUGAGUUCUGAAAAUACUGUACUUAAGGUUUUAUGCUCUCAGAUUAUUGCUCUGCUUACUCCUCACGCACAAAAGUCUUCCUACUACAAGAACAUUGUUUUAACUGAAUGCGCUAACAGACCAUCCUUGUAUGCUUUCUUCAAAGCUAUACAAGAAGAUGAUUGCGCUGACGAGAAUGAGGAUGAAUACCCAAAAGCUGUAAGUCAACCACUCAUUUUGCCGCUUGCUGUUCUCUUCAACUACAUUGUGAAAUGCUAUGACAUGAAGGAGGUAAUGUUUAAACUUGGUUUGCCAAUCUCCCAGUUACAGAAAGAAAUCGAAGCAGAAGCACAGAACGACCGUCUAUACUUGCCACUACUCUUCGUCGUUGAAAGCACCCUGGCACAUCUAAAAAUAAAGCAAGAGAGUCCAGCAGCGAUGCAGUUCGCUCUUGAUAAUUUUAUAGAAGAAUAUGGUCGGCUAAACCCGGAUACAGCCGCAAGGUACUAUAACAAUGGAAAAAUUCUACUAAGUCAGGACGAUUGUGACGCCGCUUUGACAUAUCAUUACGAAGCACUUGAUAUCAAACUAAGGCUUUAUGGGCACAACCGUGCAGAUACCGCCGACAGCUAUUACCAGAUUGGAAAUACUCAACUUGAGAAAAAAGAUUACAAGUCAGCACUGCAAUCGUUCGAACAAGCACUUGAUAUCAGACAAAGUCUUCAUGGGAAAAUCCACCCAGACGUUUUCUUCGUUUGUAAUGAGAUUGGACGGACAAAGUAUUACUUGAAAGAGUACGAUUCAGCUGCGCAUUGGCACCAGCACGCCCUGGAUAUUAGCGUGGCGCUCUAUGGAAAGGAACACGCACAUUCCGCUAACAGCUACCCCUGGAUUGCAAAUUGUCAGUACGAAAUGCAAGAUUAUGAUUCCGCUUUGGAAUCACAUCAACAGGCACUUGAUAUCAGAGUAAAGCUUUAUGAGCACAACCAUGCAGAUACCGCCAACAGCUAUUAACAGAUUGGAAGAGCCCAACUUGAGAAAAAAAAGAUUACAUGUCAGCACUGCAAUCGUUCGAACAAGCACUUGAUAUCAGACAGAAUCUUCAUGGGAAAGUCCACCCAGACGUUUCCGCCGCUUGUAAUCAGAUUGGAGUGACAAAGUAUCGCUUGAAAGAGUACAAUUCAGCUCUGCAUUGGCUGCAGCAAGCCCUGGAUAUUAGGGUAGAGCUCUAUGGAAAGGAACACGCAUCCUCCGCUAACAGCUACUACUGCAUUGCAAAUUAUCAGUACGAAAUGCAAGAGUAUGAUUCUGCUUUGGAGUCAUAUCAACAGGCACUCGAUAUCAGACUAAAGCUUUAUGGGCACAACCACGCAGAUACCGCCAACAGCUAUUACCAGAUUGGAAAAACCCAACUUGAGAAAAAAAAUUACAAGUCAGCACUGCAAUCGUUCGAGCAAGCACUUGAUGUCAGACAAAAUGUUAAUGGAAAAGUCCACCCAAAAGUUUCCUUCGCUUGUAAUCAGAUUGGAGUGACAAAGUAUCGCUUGAAAGAGUACGAUUCAGCUCUGCAUUGGCACCAGCAAGCCCUGGAUAUUAGCGUGGCGCUCUAUGGAAAGGAACACCCAUCCGCCGCUGACAGCUACUUCAGCAUUGCAGAAUGUCAGUGCGAAAUGCAAGAUUAUGAUUUUGCUCUGGAGUCAUGUCAACAAGCACUUGAUAUCAGGUUAAAACUUUUUGGACAGAACCAUGCAGAUACCGCCAACAGCUAUUACCAGAUUGGAAGACCCCAACUUGAGAAAAAAGAUUACAAGUCAGCACUGCAAUCGUUCGAGCAAGCACUUGAUAUCAGACAAAAUCUGCUCUGGAGUCAUGUCAACAGGCACUUGAUAUCAGGUUAAAUCUUUUUGGACAGAAGAGCAAAGGUACAAGCAACAAUUAUGACCAACUGGAAUUUAUAUGAAGUCUAAAGAAAGUUUGCGAAUCAUCUCUCGAGCUACAAAGCAAAAAUUCCCUUUCUUACUUUAAGAAAAAGAAAAAUUAUUUUAAGAAGUUUUUCUCGAAAUAAGUCCAAAUUUCCUGGGAGAAUAAAAAUAUUUUUCAUCAGGAAAUUUUUGUAUAAUAAGACAAAUCAUUUUCUUAUUUUGAGAAAAAGAAAACAUUCUUUAAGAAAUUUUUCUUAAUGCAAUUAUGCAAUCCUUACUUUAAGAAACUUGUUAUAAAUAUUCUUUUGGAUGUAUUUGCAUUUUAGAUUCAACGUUGUUUAAAAAUGACAAAUAUUGCUUGCAGUUGUUGUUGUUGUUAUAUGACGUAUACCAGACUGAUUUAGAAAACAUUACGCGAACUGAAAAACGAAAUAAAGAAACUUUUCAUGCAAAACAAAAAGUUUGAAUAAUUUGUGGUACCUUAAAGUUGUCAUUCUGAAUGCAACGUUAAACUAAGGGGCUUUUUAUAUGGUCCGGCUUACACGGGAUUCGAUGAACUGUGACGUAUUUUGAGCAUUUGAAAUACGUGCUUCAGCUCUAAAAAAAGUUAGAUAACUUUAAAUAUUGUUUAAACGAAAAUAGGAAUGCGCUAGAAGUUAUGUAGUGGAAGAAGACGAUUAGUAACAUUCAACAACAUUUGUUAUUUGUCUAAAACAUAGAAACUCAUACAAUUUGUAAAAAGCAAUUUUGUUAGAUCAUAGUUGACAUAAAGUAAAACGUAUUUCAAUUGCUCAAAAUACGUCACACUUCAUUGAAUCCCGGGUAAGCGGGACCAUAUAUAUAAACAGCCCCUAAGAUUUUCACGUCAUUGGAGCAACGUGAAUGCUUGUUGAGACAUUGGAGGAGUUACAUAAAAUCAGUCUCGUAGUAGAUGUCAUGAUUAAUUAUAUAUGCAUGAGUAAGCCUAGGAUGAUUAUAAUUAUUAGUAUAAAUAGAGCUUUUGUAAAUAGACUAUCAUAUCAUGAAAUAGUAGCUAGAAUAAAGAUAGUUUACCUUUUAUAAUCAUCAUACAGCAGACACCGGGGAUCAUUUCCGCCGAACUUCCAGCUGUUUAUAAGGUUAUUUUAAAAAGCUUCAAUUGAUUCCAGUAAUCAAGUUCCUUAGCUCUCAAUCUUCGGAGCUGAAAUUGAGAACGCGUCCGUCGUCUUUUCUAAAGUCUGUCCACUAACAUUGAAAUGAACCUGAAAUUGAGUAAAUUGGUGCAACAAAUUGUAAACGUAGCCUUAAUAAUAAACUUCUUAGGAAUCGUAUUUGCAUUUUCAGGAAGUUAUCUCAUUCAACACUUUAUUUUCAACAUUAUUAAGGGCCCACUUAUUUCAGACAGUGCAAAUCAGUUAUAUUUUUCCCAGUGGUUUUAUCCUGGUCUUUCAACAGAUGCUUUGUAUUAAUACUAGAAAAUUAAAUAAAUUGAAUUUUUUCACAUAGUUAUAAUUAUAUACGAGAUUACAAAAGAAAUUAUUUCAUAGUUGAGUCGGUUUUCUUUGUUUUUCAUCUGGAUGUAUAUUAAACGACCUGCCAACUCUCUGAAAGUCACACUCUGGUGGCAUUUUUUGUUACAAGCUGCCAACUGACAUAUUCGUAUAGCCUAGACAUUGGUGAACAAGACUAUAUAUGUUGGCACUUGUGAUUUUGGCUUGAUAGCCUUCAAUAGCUUGAUUGCCCAGUAAAUUAUUAUGUUGGACCAAGAAUGCAAAAUUUUCAAGCAGGUUUUGAGGAUUGAAUAGGAAAUUAAUAGAAGGGCAACUCGCGUAUGGACCUUUGAAAUUUAGUCAUCACGCAUAUCGCAUUACGCAUGUUAUCCAGCAUUACUCUGGCCACUAGUAAACUGCAUGUUAAUUGAUCUUCUGGCCAAUAAACACACUGAACUGGCUGGUCUGCCAUUAUGCUGGCCAGUAAACCGCAUAAAAUUAUAGGGGGACACGUUGCAUGGCUGAGUUGCUCUUCUGUUAUUUUCCUAUUCUGCGGUUUCGAGUUAAGGAAUUUCGAAGUUGGCAGAAUAGUAGCUACUGACAUAAAUAUGCGCAUUUUCUUCAUAUUUGAGCGUUAAAAUCUCAAAAUCGGCUACGAAAAUCAUACUACUCACUUUUUGCGUGCAGUGCAUAUAUUUUUUUCCAGCGGGAGCAAUCCCCCGGACCUCCAUAGAUGGCUCACGCCCUUGGCGCUCGAAAUAGUUGCAUGCCAUUUAUUUUGAGCUAGGUUUAUGACUGGGUGUAAUCAGUUUUUGUGUCUAUAUUAGGAACAUUUAAUAUAUAGGGUAGCUUUCCACACUGUACAAAAUGUCAGUCAUACUAACACUACUGUCAGAACCAGGUUGAUGCCAAAGAAGGCACCACUAAAGCGAUCUAGAUCUAUACGGUUUAUACAUUUAUACGCUAUGGCACAGAUCUCUGGCAUAUAGCCAAGGGGGAGGGGGUGUCGACUCCUCCCCACGUUUCUUGACUCCUCCCCACCAAUUUUGUAAUUCUUUCAAAAGUGAGAAGAACAUGGGGCGGGGGGGGGGGUAACCUCUUAAUAUUUUCAUAUAUGUCAUAGAAGAUCUAAAAAUUAUGAAAGGACAAUCUCGACUUGCAAAAUGCGUUUGUAAACAUAAUUUAAAUUACAUGCAUGGCCAGGCCUAGAAAAUCUAUUUUUCUUCUAUCUUGCUGGCAGAUGACGUCAUUCCAAGGGUAUAUAAAAAGCUACAUUGCGACUUCAGAUCUCCCAUGAUGAAGACAAUAGACUGGAGUGUCAAAACGUGAAUGAAAUUCGACUGGGCUUUCCAUUCAUUUAUGAAAAACCAGAGUAGCAAGCAAAAAUAUGACUAAUAUACCCAUAUGCUGUAAACUCACAAACUUUUAGGGACCGGUCAUUUUUUAUGGAAGGGGGGGAAAUUUUUUCUUUCCCAAAUUUUUAAAAUUGAAAGCCACCUCCUUAAAAGAGCAGAAAUUUAAUGGUGACCCCCCUGCACAUUAGAAUAAAUUUCUGGGACCUCCCUUACCCAUUUUCAUUUUUAAUCGUCAAAUGGGUAUUCCCAGGCGUUAUAGUGUUCUUAAUUAUUAAAAACUAAUAUGGAACUGAUAAUUAAGAUAUUAACAUCGACCAAAAAUAUCAAGGCCCAACGUUUCGACACUCCAGUCUAGUGUCUUCAUCAAGGGUGAUCUAAAGUUACAAUUGUGGCUUCUUAAAUACCGUAGGAAUGACGUCAAUCAGAUGCAUAUCUUCCUCAGGAUAAAUAGGCACUGGCCGUCAUCCCUAUUCAAAGCAUGAUUAUACUCAUAUUUAUAUGCCACGCUUCUAGGCAAUGUCUUUGACCAUAGCGAUUGUUUGUGGUAAUUAUUUUAGAGUUUUCCCACGCAAUUUCGUGUUAGGUGUAACACACAUGUUCUGCUAAAGCUGAUUUUCCCUUGUCUAAAGUUGAAACAGCCUUUUGAUGUUCUUUUAGCCGUGUACAAAACUGGCAUUUAGACUUACCCAAAUACUUUUUCUCGCAGUCACGCCAUGGUAUUGAAUAUACAGCAUGAGUUUUCUGAUUUGUUUUAACAGGAUCUUUUGGCUUUGCGAAGCUUUGGUACCGAGCUAAAAGAACAUCAAAAGGCUGUUUCAACUUUAGACAAGGAAAAAUCAGCUUUAUCAGAACAUGUGUGUUACACCAAACACGGGAUUGCGUGGGAAAACUCAAAGUAAUUACCACAAACAAUCGCUAUGGUCAAAGACUUUGCCUAGAAGUGUGGCAUAUAAAUAUGAGUAAUCAUGCUUUGAAUAGGGAUGACGGUGCCUAUUUGCCAGAGGAAUACAUACAUCUCGAACUCAUUAAUAAUUCAUGAGCAAAUUAGCGAAUGAACUCACCCUAAUUCGUCACAUGAUUGAGGUUGGAUACCGCAAGGAAACACGCUAAAAAUCAUAUACCAUCACUGUUGUUAGAUAAAAAACGGUUUUCAUCUAAUAACUGAGAUCCUAAUUACAAAUUCAAGUCAAAACACAACAAUAUACUAUAAUAAUAUAUAUAAGCCAAUGAAAUGUUUUCGUUUGAGAUGUUAUGUAAACAACUCGUUUCUCGUGUUUCAUCAGGGGACCAAACACUCGAAAACAAUAAAACACUCGCGCUUCGCGCUCGUGUUUCAUACAGUUUUCUCGUGUUUGGAUCCCCUGAUGAAACACUCAAACUCGUUGUUUACAUAUAACAUCUCAUUGGCAGAUGACGUCAUCCCUGGGGUAUUUAAGAAGCCACGAUUGUAACUUUAGAUCACCCCUGAUGCAGACACUAGACUGGACUGUCGAAACGUUGGGUCUUGAUUACAAUUCGACUAGGCUUUGUAAUCAUUUAUUUAAAUCAGAGUAGCGAGCGAAACAUGUCAAGAUAGCUGACGUAAUAAUACAUUGUCAAUUUAUCUCUGCAAUCAAAAUUUAAUAGCUCCCAUUCUAGUCAUUUAUUUAUACUUAUUUUUCACCCUGCUCGGUUUCCUUUGUUCUUAUCGGGGAAUAUAUUCAAUAUUCCCCUCUAAUCAAUUUCCGUUUAAUAAUCCCCUCUAAUAUUCACCUGCAAUUAAUAAUCCCCUCUAAUAUUCACCUGCAAUGUCUCUGCAGCACAAAAAAUGAGAAAAAAACAACAUAACGAAGGCAAUAUGGCAUUAAGAAUUAUUUCUAUUCUGACUCAUUAACGCGACCUCGCAGUGUGAAAAAUAACUAUGUUAUUUUGAGGCACCUCGGGGAUAUGUGUUUAUUCACCUCGGCGCUGCGCGCCUCGCUGAAUAAAUCACAUAUCCCCUCGUUGCCUCAAAAUAACCUAUACAUAUGCCCCCCCCCAUUAUUUUUUCUCCUAGACCCCCCUUCCAUAAAUAAUGACCGGUCCCUUAAACCAUUAUUUUUAUUAUAUUAACCAGGCCUAGGAAAAUAUAUUUUUCUUCCUGGCAAGAAAUUCCAAAUACAAAACUUCCUGCACAAAAAUCUUGAUUUGCAAAAUACUUUUGUAAACAAUAAGUGAAUUAUAUGACAUUCCAGUAUAUAAGAUGACAAAUAUUUCCUGCAAGGUGUAAGAUUUCCUGUCAAGAUAUUUGGUAAACAUUUCCUGCCAGUGGUGGUGCUGCUGCUGGCGGAUAUUAAUUGCCAACAUGGAUUACAACCUCUUGCAGGUUAUAUUUUCAUUGGUGUAUUAUUAUAUCUCGGCCAGGAGGUUAUAUUUUCAUCUGCAUUUGUAUAUGUGUGUGUCUGUGUGUGUUUGUCUGUCAGCAUGAUAACUCAAAAACCAUCAAACAUAUUAAAUACAAAAAUUUGUGGGACUAAUCAAAAUUGCCCAAGCACAAAUUGAUUGAAUUUUAGUUCAAUUUGGAUGAAAAUUGGAUAAAAAAGGUGGUUUGUCUUGUUUUGUCGGCCAGAGUAAACUGAAUACAUAAUUAGCUCAUUGUAUAAUUUAUGCAUGAUACAUAAUUUAAUUCUCUGGGAAAGGUAUGCAGUCUCCAAGUGCCCACAAGUUACAGUUGAUUUCACAAAACUCUGGCUAAAAAUUUUCUGAAGUUGGUUCGGCCAAGUUCACAUGUACGGGGUUUUCCCAUAGUGGCCAGACUGGAACGUAAAGUCACUAAAGUGUGUACGCCGGACUUGUCCGGUGUACAAUCACAAAUUUUGGCGUACAUAUGGCAUACAUUUGUUUACAUAGACAAGUAAUUGUUCAGAGUUAUUAAUUGACAAAUUUGAUGAUGGGAAGUUUUCGCUAUGCGCCCGGUAAUAUCCAGUCGACUCUCAUGUUAGCCCUUGAUCUUGUUUGACCUGAGCACGACCAAGUUCGGAAAACUCUCUCGCUUUCCAAAUCCCAUCGACUCUCAUCCUCGAUUUACCAGGACUUAACUGUCAAGCUCCAAACAAAACACACACUAAAAAUUAAAUCUUAAUGGCGGCCGGUGGCAGCAUGUUUGAGCUCUCGUACUUUUUGGUAAUAUUGUUGUUCUUCUCGUAUGUUUUAUUUCCGAAAGCAUAUGACGGUACGGCUAAAGAUAUUACGUCCAUUAUAGUAGUGUCUAAAGCAGAUAUACGUUCAUAUCCAAGCCGUAACUCGGGAUUGACUAGAAGUUCAACUAUGGCCAGCGUGUCCUCUUAUCAGAAGGCUGUGAGUGGAAUUAAUUUGAUAAAGUUGUCUAUGUGUGCUGGAUAUCUGGUACUGCUAGCGGAUGAUGUUAGUUUAAAUCCUGGACCUUUUACGGAAAUUGGUAAUAAUGAACAAUGUCCUUCUUGUUCAAAAGUGAUCCGGCAAAAUCAACGCCGUUUGCAGUGCAGGUUAUGUGAAUUGAACUGCCAUCUUAAGUGUCUCGGUACUGAUAACAACUUAACAAACUAUUGUCAAGGUUGCAGCGUGCACAAUUUUGAGACAACUGACGGUAUAGCAGAAACACCUGAAUAUCUACCUUUAGAAAUAUCGCGAUCUUAGAAAUAUCGCGAAAUUGCGCGGAUUCAAGAUCGUUCACCAGAACAUUCGAAGCCUAUGCAGGAAAAUUGAUCAGCUGUGCCUUGUUAUGAAUAAUCUCAAGUCGGGUAUACAUUUAAUAGCCCUGACAGAAACUUGGGCUGGCAGUCAUAUGCUCGAUAGUGAACUUGAGAUUCCAGGGUACAAACUAUUGAGACGAGACAGAGGCUCCACUGGUGGCGGGAUUGCAGUAUAUGUUAAAAGCGAGAUAGUGGCUAUUAGAAGACUCUAGUGUCGAAGGACUUUGGCUUGAGAUCUUGUUGCCGAAAUCCCGUGCGUUUUUGGUGGGUACUUUUUAUAGGCCUCCAAAUGCAUCAAAGUACCAUGACAAAGAUUUUAUGGCUAAACUCGAUAACAGUUUGGAUGGUGUUACAUCUGAAGGUAAGGAACUGCUUAUACUGGGAGAUUUUAACUGUGACUUUCUGGCUAAGAGAGCAAGUAUCCCUGAAUGUAAAGCUUACAUAUUAAACAGCUGAUUAAAGAAGCCACCAGAAUCACACCGGAGUCUAGUACGCUGUUGGACUUGAUAGCUACUAACAAUUCACAAAAUAUUAGUACGUCUGGAGUGAUAAGUUCAAGUCUGAGCGAUCAUGAAAUGGUAUAUUGUAUACGUAAACUAAAUUGGAAAAGAGCGCCAGCCCAAAUCAAAACAUUUAGAAACUAUGUAAAUUACGAUGCGAAUAAUUUCUGCAAUGAUUUGAAUGAUGUUAAUUUGACCCCAGAGAAUAUCCCCGAUGAAGAUUUGUGCGAUCAACCGGUAAAUGUCUUAUGGAAUACCUUUAAGUCGGCUUUUGUUUCAGUCGCCGAAAUUCAUGCCCCUGUUAUUCAAAAGCGUGUACCGAGAAUUGAUAAUUGCCCUUGGUUGAAUAGUAAUAUCAAAAGUAAUAUCAAACAGCGUGAUUAUUUGCUUAGAAAAGCACGUAGAACGGCCAGUGAUGAGGAUUGAGCAAACUAUCGUACUCUAAGAAAUCGUGUUACUAACAUGAUUAAAAAAGCGAAAGGGGCUUAUAAUAGACAAUUAUUAGAGGAUAACAAGGAUAAUGAUAAAGCAUUCUGGAGAACAGUAAAAAAGAUUAUACCUGGAGAGAGCAAGGAAGUUUCCUCGAAUAUUAAAGUUGGGGAAAAUAUUACCAGUGAUAAGCUAACUAUUGCCACUGCUUUUAAUAAGUAUUUCGUUGGUACUGUGACCCGUCUUUUUGAGUCGGCAGAGCGCUCUAUCACAGACCUGGGCGGUAUGAUUGUUGCCAGAACAUUUGAUCCAUCUCGAGUACAGCGUAGUACAUUUCAAUUUAAGGAGAUCCCCGUGAGUUUUACUUUAAAACAACUUCGUGGACUCAAGACAGGAAAGGCAGUUGGUCUGGACAAUAUUCCACCACGUUUACUGAAAGACUCUGCACGUAUAGUUGCUACACCACUUACUAUUAUUAUUAACGCUUCCUUACGGCAGGGUAUAAUUCCAGACGAUUGGAAGUCCGCACGAGUAAUUCCUCUAUUUAAGAAGGGCAAGGUUGAAGAUCUAGAUAGCUACAGACCUAUCUCCGUCCUUCCAAUCGCGUCGAAGUUGCUAGAAAGAGCUGUCCAUACGCAACUCGGUGAAUAUUUAAAGGAACAUAACAUUUUAAGUCCAUACCAGUGUGGAUUUCGAACGGCCCAUUCAACAGAAUUUGCAGCUCUAUCUCUUGCGGAUACCAUACGGAGAAAUAUAGAACAAGGACAAUUGACUGGGGCGGCACUUUCUAUUGAUUUUCGGAAAGCAUUUGACAGCAUAGAUCACUCGGUGUUACUGAAUAAACUAUCUGCUUUAGGAAUCGCAGAUCACGAACUUGUUUGGUUUGAGGAUUAUUUUCAUAUUCGAAAUCAAAUCGUUGGGUACCAGGGUGUAUAUUCGGAGGCUGAGUAUCUAACGUCUGGUGUUCCACAGGGCUCAAUACUGGGCCCCCUCUUGUUUGUUUUGUACGUUAAUGAUCUUCCAAGUGUUGUUCGUAAUUGUAAAAUACUAAUGUACGCAGACAAUACUGUUCUAUUUUACCCAACAUUCAGAUGUUGCAGUAAUACAACAGAAACUUAAUGAUGAUCUCGCGCUCAUCGGAACCUGGCUACUUGAUAAUGGUCUAUUUGUUAACACCUCGAAAACCGAAUCUAUGUUAUUUGGAACUCAUGCAAGGUUAUCUCGUGUUGAUGAGUUUGCUAUUUUCAUGAAUGGUCGUCUUAUAAAGCGUGUGUACGAAUUCAAAUACCUUGGAGUCGUGUUCGACGAGUGUAUUACGUGGAAAUCGCAUAGCAAAUAUAUCCUAUCCAGAGCUGGGAAGAGACUGGGCAUGUUAGGACGUAUCAGAAAUGAUUUAACACCUCACUGUGCAAAUAUUGUCUAUGUAUCAUUCAUUCGCCCUAUUCUUUGUCCGCAACUUUUUAAAAAAUAUUUUACUUUUAACAGCUCGGUACACAGUAGAGUGACUAGGCAGAGUCAUAAACUGCACUUGCCUCGAGUACGAACUGAACAGGCAAAGAAAUCCUUUUAUUACAACGGUUGUGUUGUAUAUAAUAAUAAGCGAAAAUAGUUUUAUUCUCUAGUAUAUAUAUAGUAUACUGUUUUAAUACCUAAUUGUCAUAUAGCAUGUAAAGAUUGUAUUUUUUUUAAAUAGCAGGGCUCCAGUUGAUAGCAGUGGUUUUUACUACUGAUUGGACUACCCUGUUUAAAUAAAAGUGUCAAUCAAUCAAAAUAUUUAUACUAAAAAGAUGUAUUUGGAACUUUUGCGCAUAUAUAUUUCCAAAGUCGGUGCACAUUUACAUGUGCGUAAAUCAAUGUCCGGCAUGCAAAAAGUUAACUUUCCAGACUGGCAUGGUGGGCCGCACCAGGUGGCACGCCCAGCAUUCUCGCCUGGGACCAGUAGCGUAGCCAGCCUGACGAUUAGUGCCGCUAUGCAAAUAUUUUCGUGUGCAUUGACUGUGAAAACAAUCAAUUUCUAAAGAAAGAAAUAAUGGUAAUAAUUAUGAAUUUACAUAGCUGGACUAAAUUGUCGGGCUGGCAACGCCACUGCCUGGGACUCAUGUCAAAGCUGACUUUUCCACCUUGCCAAGGGGAUUGUGCUGGGGUUCAAUGGGUUAGGCUGCAUAGCACCUUGCUGCACCCUACUUUAUUAUUUUACUCUGUCUAAUGUCAAACAAUUUACUCGUCAAGGGAGAGUGCUGCCACUCAAAGAGUCAAGAGCUAUAAAAGUUUACACUAUUUAAUAUCAAAGAAAAUAUAUAUAAUUACCUGGCACUUCCUAUUUCCUCGAUCAACCGCAGGAUGCAAGAUUGGCGUUAUAAAUAGCACGUUUUGAUCCCCACUUGGGUAGGAAGUCGAAGGAAAAAUUGAAAUACAAAUGCUUCGCCUUUUGGAACCCAGUUUUAAAAUAAAGUUCAACUUUUAUACUUGGUUCUUUCGUGUCAAAAUCAAUAAUUCUCGCUUCAGCGUUUGAAAGAGUGCAUAUAUUUUCUUUCAGUUUUUGAAAAUCCAUCAUUAGUUUAUCAUUUGCCAUAUAUUAAACCUGGAAUUUAAAAUUUAUUUCAAAAUUUGUUACCUAUAUAACGUACAUUUUGAAGUAAAGUUUUGUCAUGUGGUGGUUGUGGCCAUAGAAAUUAUAAAUAACACUUAUAAUCUCUAUUAUAAUCUAAUAUUUGUGUUAUUUAUAAUCUCUAUGGUUGUGGCCACAAAAUUUGCAACCAAAUUUCCAAAUUCCUUGCAAAAAGCUCUAACAUUCCUUAGUUUUCCCCAAAAUUCCUUAAAUUAAUUAAAGUGCCUAUGACACGAAAUUUUACCCCAAAGGUUCGUGGUUGCAUUGUAAAGAUCACUUAAAAUGACUUAAUAAUUUCUUUUAUAGAAUUUUGGUAACUUGCUCCGUUUUCAAGAUAUUCAACUUUGUUUCAUAUGCAAAUACCACCGGUGUGACAUCACAUCACAUAAUGAGUUUUCAGAAAGUAUAGUUUUCUUGACGAAUACGUAUUUAUUGCGAAUACGUAUCUAUAAUUGCCCUUGUAUAUGUAUUAACUUCAUAACUGGUAAUUAACCCUCUGGAUUUGUUAGUAAAAAUAUUUUAUCAAGGUAAAAUAUUGCGAUUUCAAAAUGUCAUUUAUGCAAUGUGAUGUCACAUCGGUGAUAUUUGCAUAUGAAACAAAGUUGAAUAUCUUGCAAAGGAAGCAAGUUACCAAAAUUGUAUAAAAGAAAUUAUUAAAUCAUUUUAAGUGAUCUUUACAAUGCAAUCAUAAACAUUUGGGGUGAAAUGCGUGAAAUGUGAAAUGCUUGAUUUUAGUGUCGUGAAAUGUGAUUUGUUCUACAGACGUGAGGCGUGAUUGUCGAUAAAAAUGCUCCGUGAAAUGAGAAUUAAGGAUGUCUGUUUCGUGAACUUUGUUUUGCUUUGUUUAUUUCGAUCUAUUUUAUAAUAGUCAUAAUAGACUUGAUACGCGAUAAUCAAUUUAUAUGAUCUCACUCGAUUGCACAAGAGUAAAAACCUCGGAGGCCUUUCGGAGGUCGUCGGACAUCUCGUCACUCAAACUUCUAAGUUAUGAUUUGAGUUGAAUUGAAUUUUAUUUGAUUUAGCACCACAAUACAUAAAGAUUACAACACAACAUAUAUACAAAAAAAUAGAAUUUUAUCAUGUUGGUGACAAGGAAGCCCAAAACGAAACCAUAAGGCUUAUAUAAAUUUAUAGGCUCCCUUUAAAUGUACACCAUAUAUAUAAAAAACACAAUUUAAUAAGCCGGUUUUCCACUUCGCCCGUAUCGUAGCAAAACGUACUGGUGAGCAUGCGCAGAUUGAAAAGAGGUUUAUAAAUCCACGUACUUCCGGGUGUAUUCGCGUAUCAAAAUAAAAAGUUCGUCGCAAGUCAACUUUUUGGCGUACUACGGAAGUACUAACCAAUCAACAUUCACGAAAUUUUGAAAUUUAAAAACGUUUUUGAUACGUUUCGGUACGGUACACUUGAAGUGGAAAACCGGCUUUAGGCCUAAUAAAUUACGAAGUACAGACGUGCUUGAGCUUGCAGACUAAAAUUUUACAUCAUAAUUAUUAAUAAAUUGAACACAAAUACUGUUUUAGUUUUUUUCUUAAAUAAAAUAGCUGACACAAUGUCAACCAGAUCACGAGGAAGAGAGUUAAAAAAUAUUGGACCUUGAAAGCGCACCGAAAAUUGUCUGAUAUUUGUCCUACAUAAAGGUAAAUAAUACUUGGCCAUGAGGAGUUUCUUGUAUUAAAAGUGUGAAUUUGAUCAUUUUUUAAAAACAUGCCUUCAAAUCGUUCAGGUAAAAGAGAAAAUUUAUGAUGAAACAUAAAUUGUCCAAGUUGUAGCAUACAAAUAUCAUUCAGUUUUAAUAAGCCAAGCUUCUUAAAUAUAGGGCUAGUAUGUGCAUCGAAUGCGCUUUUAUUCAGUAUUCUAAUUACAAGUUUCUAAAGUAAUUCAAUGCGUCGAAUAUUACUGAGUAGGAUACGUUAGUCGCCAAACAAUAACACAAUAUUUUAGGUAAGGAUAAAUCAUCGAAUAAUACAAU